GCGAAACGGUUCCCGGCGCAGCUGUGAGUCUCCGAAAACAAAACAGGCGCAGGUGAGGUUUUCCCGGGCGCGGAGGAGCUGCGGCGAUGCACACGUCAGUGCGUGAAAUCCACAUCUCCUGUCAGCCUGACUCCGCCUACUUCCUGCGGGUGGAUUGGAGGGGGCGGGGCUUAGGCUCAGGCUUCCAGUUGCUGCUGACUGAUGGACAGGAUGCGUGGAGAGGAGAAGUGAGCGAGGCCGCGGUGUGUGAGGAGGCGGAGGAGCUGGAGAUGCAGAGGGAGAGGUACAUCCAGGACCUGCAGCGGGCGCUGACAGGAACAGACGGCUCCGUCACCUACAGCUUCACCCUGACACCAUCUCCACCAAACCACAGCUCCACGGUGACACUGGCGUAUGAGAAGGUGCAGAAGGACAUCUCAUUCAGGCUGGGUUCUGUUUCGCUGAAGGCCGUCUCCGAGCCGGCGGAGGCAGUGAGGGAGUUACUGAUUCACAGUCUGCAGAGGGGAAACACGCUGGAGCACCAGAACCAGAACCUGGAGGAGGAGAACCAGAGACUGAGACAAGAACAGCAACGCAUCACUGCAGAACUGAAGCGAUAUGCUGCGGGUAAAGAGGCCCUGGAGACAGAGCUCUACUCUCGCUUUGUCCUUGUCCUGAAUGAGAAGAAAGCCAAGAUCCGCAGUCUGCAGGAGACGGUCACACACCUGCAGGACGCCAGGAGUUCUGAGGGACAGAAGAAUAAAGAAUCAGUCAAAUCAAACCAAACAGCAGAUCAGGAGGAGGAGGCGGCUGAGGAGGAUGAAUAUGGAGGGAGCACUGACGAGGAGCCAGAGGGAGUACAGUCGACUCCGGCCUCCACCUUACAGUCCCGGGGCUCAUCCACUCCGAGCCCGCUGGACGACAGCCUGAAGGACAUCACAGACGUGGCCCCCUGUCGCAAACGGCGCUUCCGUCACCUCGGGGCCCCGGACCCCACGGUGAAAAGACCGGCCCCACAGACCUCACAGAGAAAGAGGAGCGACUCCCCUGCAGGAUCCAGUAAGCAGCAGCCCCCCCAGCGCCCUGCAGACGCGGCGGCAGCGUGUUCAGCAGCUGAGGACCUGUUUGAGGACUUCUGAGCCUGCAGGCCUCGCUGUGCAGAUGAGAAUGACUCAGCGCUGAUGUGUGUUGUUAAAGGUUUGAUAUUUUCAUACUGAAUUGAUGGAUGAAGGCUCAGGGAUUUUUCAGGAGCUGUAUCUGCAAGCAACAAAGAGACUGGUGACGAGUUAAAGGAAAAGUGGACAUGAAGCGUGUCAGGUGUGCGGACACCCGACCACAGACCAGUGGUUUUAGUGAACGUCCUCGUGCAGAGCAGUGGAUUCAGGCGGGUGGAGACCUGGUGACUGUGAAGGCACACGGUAGUUUUACAGAAUCAUAAAAAUAUUUUGUACACAGCUUUUUGCUGUGCUUCAUAAACUGCUAAUUGUGAGUUUAUAUUUACAAAUUUGUCAUUUUAACAUUUGUACCAAUAAACCAUGUAAAUA